UUCACCUCCAAAACUGGCCAGCACUCUUCUUUCAUAACCUUCCUCUACAACCUUAUUCAUUCUCCCUCUCCCUUCUCUUUUUUCUCUCACACACAUACACCAACACACACAUCUAAUCUAAGUCUAUUUUGACACCUUGAUGAAGGGAAAGUUUCAAGUAGUUCACGGGGUUGAUUUAAUCCAACCUCAAGAGCAAUGGGACUACACUAAUCUUGAGUACACCGGGAUUAAUUCUAACCCCGGUCUGAGAUCAGCUGUUCAAAACAACUGCACCACCAACUUGGAGAAGAAUGAACUCUCCAUGUGGGUGGAGCAUGUCACAAAGCAGCUCAUCGGAGACUUACCUGAAUCCGGCACUGAUGAGAGCUUCCAAACUGACACAACAAUGGUGUAUGAUGAGGACAACACUGCCUUGAGGCCAACGAAAACUACAGGGACAAGAAGCCACUUCGAUGGUGCCGGGGACCAACUUCAGUGGUGCAAUUAUUUUGGAGAUCAAACUAAGUUCACUGAGAUUAAUGGAGGUGGGUCUAAGGGUUUGAGUAGGUUAGAUGAGCAUGGUUUGAGCUUACUCACACUUCUUUUGGAGUGUGCAGUGGCUAUAUCAGUUGACAAUCUUGGUGAGGCUCACAGAAUGUUGCUUGAGCUAACCCAAAUGGCCUCACCUUAUGGACCUUCUUGUGCUGAAAGGGUUGUGUCUUAUUUCUCUAAGGCCAUGGCUAGUAGGGUUAUCAAUUCAUGGCUAGGGAUUUGUAGCCCCUUGAUCAAUCACGAAAGCAUUCACUGUUCUUUCCAAGUCUUCAACAAUAUUUCCCCUUUUAUCAAAUUUGCACACUUCACCUCCAACCAGGCCAUCCUCGAGGCGUUCCAUGGCUGGUCUAGGGUUCACAUCAUUGACCUUGACAUCAUGCAAGGCCUUCAAUGGCCGGCACUGUUUCACAUCCUUGCCACGCGUUUAGAGGGUCCACCACAUGUGAGAAUGACCGGUAUGGGGGCUUCAAUAGAGCUCUUGAUCGAAACAGGAAAGCAACUUUCGAAUUUCGCUAGGAGGCUUGGCAUGUCAUUUGAAUUCCACCCAAUUGCCAAGAAAUUUGGUGAUCUUGACAUGUCAAUGUUGCAAAUCCGCCGUGGAGAGGCCAUAGCGGUGCACUGGCUACAACACUCACUAUACGAUGCCACUGGACCUGAUUGGAAGACGAUGAGACUCCUCCAAGGGUUGGCUCCAAGAGUGAUCACAUUGGUGGAGCAAGACAUGGCAGCUCAUGGAGGCUCUUUUCUAGACCGGUUUGUUGGGUCUCUUCAUUAUUACUCCACCAUUUUCGACUCUCUUGGAGCUUUUUUGCCUAGUGACGAUCAAAGUCGCCAUGGCGUCGAGCACUGCCUACUCUACAGGGAGAUUAACAACAUAUUGGCAAUAGGAGGACUAGCUCGGAGUGGGGAGGACAAGUAUAGGAAUUGGAGGAGUGAACUUGCAAGGAAUUGCUUCAUGCAAGUACCAAUGAGUGGGAAUUCAAUGGCUCAAGCACAGCUUAUACUGAAUAUGUUCCCUCCUGUUCAAGGGUAUAGCCUUGUCCAAGGAGAUGGGGCACUUAGGUUAGGGUGGAAGGAUACUAGUUUGUUCACUGCUUCUGCUUGGACUUCACAUGCUCCCUGAUAGCUGGUUGCUAUUAUAGGAUAAUCAAAAUUUAAAUUUAUUAUGGCCUGAUAUGAGCCAUGGACUGUGAUGAUACAUAAACUUUACAUUUUAAGUUGUAUAUAUAUUUUUAGUAUAUAGUAUUAUUGUAGAUAAUAGGUAAUAUAUCAUUUUUUUUUAUGUA